UUGUCAGAGGGAUAUCAAGAGACCUUUAAACGCUACCAGACUUUCUUGUUCCGUUGUAAAGGACUCUACACAUCAACCAGCAAAGAAAUAGAGGAACUAGCAAAGAAGGGCAUGUGCAGUUUUAAACCAGUCAAGUCCAGUGGCGAUCCUAAUCUUCUCUUCAUUCCAACUAACCUUCAUCUACAAAAACUUCACGUUCUCUCGUCAGAGAAUAAACACAGAGAGAGCCUAGAGACAAGCACUAGUGCUAAUAAUAAGAAGAAAGAUGGUGCCUAUUGUUUUGUGACGAUGGGAUCUCCGACAGCCUCUAAUAGUUCUUAUGGCAGUAGAUCCCCAGGGGGUAGCAAAGGGCUUAAGAGUGUCAUUUCUUCUCUAAAGUCUUCUCCUAGUUUCCUGCCUCAGAAGGUAUCGACAACUGCUGGGCUCGUCCUCUCUGAAUUAU